GAAAGUACUGAUGCAUUACUUUGUUGGAUGGCCUUCGGUUCUUGAGUCAUAUUGUAAGUUGGGCGAAGUCUUUGCAGUGUGUUCAUCUGAAGAUGGGGAAACAUCCAUUGUUUGCACUAGUUCAGAUGUCGUCGUUUUUCAUCUUAAGUUCUUGUGUGCCAUAGCACAUUUUUCUCGUUCGAAUUUGUGCUUGACUGAAAAUGGGCUCACAUCGUCUGCUGUUUUAAAGUGGGACUCUUCCAAAAUACUGCUAUGCACUGAUAAGGGUACAGUGCUCAUAUAUUCUGUCAAGAACCUACAGUCCGUCUGCCAAUCACUGGAUCCAGACAGCGUUCCUGGUCCGCCCAUAGAAAUAUUCUUCUUAAAGGCUAUUCGAGUUGCUGAAUGUAAAUGCAGUGUGUUUUCAUUAGGUGAAGCUGUUAUUGUUGCUACUGAGAAAGGGGGUUUGAUCAAAUUGCUGUGGGAUGGUUCGUAUUAUGGUGAAUCUAUAAACCUUAGAUCAAUCAACUUACCACGAGAUAUCAAAAGCUUCAGUGAUAAAAACUCAGAAGAACAAGUUUACUGCAAAACUGUAGAAUGGGCUCCUACGUUUGGCGGCGCUUUCGCUCUUUUUUCUUCUGGUCAUAUAGCUUUGUUUGUAUCACUUGGUGCUGUUGCGAAUCAAACGGAUAUUGAAGUGAUCUUGGUCGAGAACGUCGGUCAUCCAACAUGUACGGCUGUAAAUAAUCGCUUUCGGACACUAGCUGUUGGAACUGAAAGCAACGAAGUUUUAUUGUACAAGAUGGAUGAAACUUCUGGUGUUCUUAAAAUUAAAAAUACUCUUCGUAUUUCUGGUCGGGAAUCAUCUUAUACUAUCGAGGAAGUAGGUCCUGUUUCAGAGAUUUCUUGGUCACCGGAUGGAUACACUUUGGCUGUUGUUUGGUUACGUUCGGGUUGGUCGUUGUGGUCAGUUUUUGGUGCAUUAUUAUACACCAGCUUAAGUGAGAAUCUUAGUCAAUUUGGUAAAAUAAAUGUUUCAAACCUCUCCUGGGCUCAUCAUGGUUAUAAUAUAGUCGGUUUGUUAACCUUAAGCAACGUGACAGAAAUUUCCGGGGUCGCAAACACUGACUCCUUUGUUUCAGAAAAGGUCUCCACCAAAGAUACUGCAAAAGAAGGGAAGUCACAAUUUAUUUCCGAUGGUCUGGGCUGUCCUUCACAAAACUCUUCAUACCUGGUUGUCUUCCAUCUGGCUAGGUCUUCAAUAACAGCUAACCCAACAUCAGAUAACCAUUUGCAUAUCGUUCUUCAAACUACUGACCGAAUAAUUGUGACGAACAAGGAUCUAUUGACCUCUAGAAUGCAAACCGAGAAUUUAUUAAUCCCAAAACAAUAUAUCAACUCUAAUUGGCCAGUUCGGUAUGUUGCUGUUUCUACAGAUGGUAAAAAAAUAGCCGUUUCAGGUCGCAAUGGAUUUAUUCAUUAUAACACUGAUUCACAACGUUGGCAUGUUUUCGGCAAUAUAAAGCAGGAAAACUCCUUACACGUCUUUGGAGGUAUGGCAUGGUGGAAACAAUAUAUUUGUCUCACCUGUUUUACAGAAAAUUAUGGUACUAGUGAGGUUCGUGUCUACUCGUCGGACCAUAAACUUGACAAUCAAUUUAGCUCCAUCUGUGAUCUUCCAUCCCUUACAUUACCCGUCAUUGUAGACAAUUUCGAAAAUCUGUUUCUUGUACUUACCAACGAUGGAUGUCUGCAAAUCUUUGGUUUAUCAGAGUCUGUUUCCAGUAAAAGCACUGUCACCGUAUCUCCUUUCAAGGCUGUAAAUUUAACAGAUAUUGUCAUAUUUCCAGCAUGUGUUGUUCGAAUUUGCUUUACAACUUUAAAGAGUAAUGCACCUUUUACUCGUACAACCACUUCAGGAUCUAAUUUGUUUCGUAACUUCGACCCAGGUUUAUGCUCAGUUGAAAGCUUAGUUAUGAAUUAUUCCGGUGAUGUGUUUAUGUUGCAACGUUCGUUUUUGGAUUUCACUCCGAAAAGCCAUUCUGGAACCCCUGAGGAAAUUAACCAACAGAAUAUGGUUGUUUUCGAUCAGUUACUAUCAUUCGGAACACCUUUAUUAGUUGCUUCUGAAAUAGAAAUUCUAUGGUCUACAAGCUGUUUCACAACAAUCACUUCUCAGGCUGAUAAUGAUCGUUUAUCGUCAUUGAAUGUGAUUGAUGCAAAUGCUUAUACGAAAGACUCCUUGUGGCUUUAUUCUGGAGCAACUGGACUUAGUGUUUGGCUUCCACUACCGCAAGUUCCUUCUUCGCUUGCAUUUAGUUUUAAUUAUGAAUCUGUGAGGUCAGAUACCAACCACAAAUUUAGUUCGGAUCACGAUAGUUCAUCGGUCUUAAAUUAUGAUUACCGAAGAAUAAUGUUGUCAUUUGAGUUGGGUGGUGAUUUGUACCCUCUUAGUAUUUGCUUUCAGGAAGGCUUGCUAGUCGGUGUUCUUAAUGAGUUUCAUCGUUGCUGGAACAAGUCAUUGGUUCAUUGUAAGGAAGAUAUAUCUUCAGAUUUAUUCGCGCUAUUUCCUUGUGGAACUUUGUUAAUUAAGAUUCAGGUAGCACUACAUCAUAUUAUUCGACAGCUUCUUAAGAAAAAUUUGGGAAUACAUGCGUUUCAAAUGAGUUUAGCGUAUCAACAUUUACCAUACUUUCCUCGUAUUCUGGAACUUUUAUUACAUGAAGUCUUGGAGGUUGAAGCUGCCUCCAAAAUUCCAACGCCAGAUCCAUUACUACCGCAAGUUGUAGCAUUUAUUCAAGAAUUCUCCGAUUUUUUGGAGAUUUUGGCCCAUUGUUCUCGUAAAACCGAUGUCACUUGGUGGCCUCAUUUAUUCAUUACCAUCGGAAGAAAACCAAAAGAUCUAUUUGAACUGUGUUUGGAAAAUAAUAAACUGGAAACAGCUGCUUCUUUUUUAAUUCUUCUUCAAACAUCGGAACCUCUUUCUGUUAGUUGGGAGUGCGCAUUAACCUUGUUUCGAGCAUCGCUUCAAUCUAUGAAUUGGAAUCUCAUUCGUGAUCUGUUACGUUUUCUGUGUGCUAUUGAUCCAACUGAAUAUAGUUCAAGUGAUGAGCAUAGUAGAAAAAAAGACUUUAACAAAUCCCACAAUAUGUACUUCAACCCAUGUAAUCAUUUAAAAAAUUUAUCUAAUCUUGAUAAUGAUCAUAUGCAGUUAAAAGCCGGUCCUGAGGAAUCUAUCAACAAGGUCGUCUGGUAUGGUGGAAUGUCAAAGUAUCGACCUACAAGAGUUCCUAUCGAAUUACUGGACUUAGGAAAUGACCAAAUCAAAGAUUUGUGUAAUAGAAUCGAGAUAUCGUCUGACUCGUCAGUAACUCAUAUCCAAAAACCAUCUUCCACUCUUCGAAAUCAGCUUGAACAGCUCUUGUUUAGGGUUGCUGUGGAUUAUUUUUCUCAAGGUUACCUUAAACGUGCAUCCCAAUUGGUUACAAAUAUCCCCGAAAUUUUUAAUGAUGGUUUUAGUACUGGUCACACAAACGUAUUGCAAAUGUGGUUAAAUAAAAAUAUUUAUAAUAUCCAACCCGAACCUAACUGGCCCCAGGUUUUCUUAAAUUUGUUAAAAGAAUUCAAUUUAGUUGUGGUUGAUUCUAACCGCAGUGGAGGAAUAUACAGUUGCUCGACUUCUCCUAAUGAACCUUUGUUAAAUUCGUCUAUUAUGGUACAGAUUGAUAAUACAUUUUCUGAAUCUUCACCUUUUAACUUUGACUUCCGAUCGACUUUUGAUAAAGGGACUCUUUGUCAGUUACGAUACCUGUUGAACCAGUUAACCUUAGCUCGUUCAAAAGAAUGGAUCUGCCUUAUCAGUUUGCUUUGUCUAGAUAGAGAUGCUUUCUUACGGUCAUUUAGUAUGGCUUUCAACUGGACUAUGUUUUCAGAUUACUCUGAAAUCCAUCAGAAUGUCUCUGCAACCGACCUUUGUCUAAAAAAGCUGAUAACUGGUCUUUCAGAAAUAAAACAGUGGUCACAUGGCAAGAUUCCUGCGUACUAUUACUUUUUAGAGUCUUGUGAGCCUCACAUGAAGUAAGUAUAAGGUUGUUCUUUUCUUUAACUUGGGACUAGUUCAAAAGUCAAGUUACUUUUGCUUUUACGGCUAACAGUGGGUUUUUGCCCAUCAAUGUGUACAUUCUACUUCCUCCGUCACUUUUCUUCAACAUGAACUCUUAAAUCUGUGUAAUUAAAUGAUUUUUUGAUGUUUUUUUGUCAUAGUAUUAGUUUUAUACAAUACAGUACAAUUUAUGUUCACUUCCCUCAACCUUAUACAUCUAGAUUCUUUCUAAUAGUACCUAUUAAUAAAUACGCAAUUUUCAUGAUGUUUCUCAUUUGACCAGUACAUACACUUAAAGACGCCGCUUAUCUGCUAGAGAUAUAAAAACGUACAUAUCUGGGUCAGCUGACAUUGUGCACAGUCAACCGAUGGUUUGAAGUACUCAUGGAAUAUACCUUACUUAUGCUGUCAUGUCAUUAUAUACAACAUACUUGCUUCUCAUUCCUUCGUUUUCAUCGUUGAUUACACACAAAUUCUGCUGUAAAACUCCAAAACCAUGUGUAUUUUACCUUUUUGCUGAUACUCCUUAUUUAGCCAUGUCAUUUUGUGCUGUUUCAGUUUGGAACUUUUUUCUUGUAAUUCCCGAAAAUUUUGUAUACAUCUUUUAAAAUCAAUAUGUUCUUUCAAAAAGUUAAUAAGUUUAAAGAUUUUCACUCGGAUUUAGUAUACUGUAAUUUGUUAUUUCACGGUUACAAUUCACUGACUAUCGUUUGCGACGAUUUCUGCUACUUUUUACAUUGAUUAAGUGCUUCUUUUUUUCCCUAUUAUUAUUUUUAUGACCAUGUUUUGUAGUUGCCAUUUGUAUCUUUUAAGAUGGUGUGUUUAAAUAAUACGUUUAAAGUACCUGAUCGGUAUUCGAAAUUUCUCCGCUUUCUAUUUGGAUUAAAUCCGUACUUUCUUUCACCUUUAUCUUCAGCUCUAGUAUUCCUUCUGAUAUAUCUUUCCAUUGAGUUUUUCCACAUCAUGUUCUUAGUGUUUAGUUCUGACUUUUAAUUGCCACUACGACUGUCUCAACUCCCUUACGAUUCACAAUAUUAAUUUCAUCUUACUUCACUGACAUGGUAUGCUAACUUGGGCUAGCUCAUAAUUCUACUUGUAUUUAUGUUGAUUAUGAUGGACUAACUUCUGGCGGUGUGCAACGUUUUAAUAUAAUGCUAUUAAUCGCCUAUAUAUCUCAUAAGCAUGUGGUAAUAGGCAUCACAUAAUUUUAUAACCUGUCGAAAUAUCGUAUAGCUGUUCUAUGCAAAUCAAUUUUCUUAUGAUUUUUUCAAUUUUAUUAUUAACUACAGAAAUCCACUCACAAUGAUGUAAUUAAAGUUCGCAUUAUUUGGUUUCAGAGGCCCACAUCUUAAUAUGUAGUAAGCAGUUCCUUAUUACUAUUUGCAGUAUAUUAAACAACUAUAUCUUUGCUUCUAGGGUGAUUUUAGAAAAGAUGUACCAAAUUUCUGAUGAGAAAAAUAAGGUACCAAUGGCAUCAACAUUUUCCGGCAACACUUUGAUUGAAGAUGAUAUCGUAAAUGAAAUUCAGAAAAAGCAAAUGAUGGAAUUAAAGAGUUCAUCCGUAUCAUCUAUAACAGAUACAUACCAAUAUUCAAAAGCGUGUCAAUUAAACUUGGGACAGGACUGUCUUAUCUCACUAAAAGUAGCGAAAGUAAGUCCUAGUCUUUUGGAUCUUACCUUGUCGUCUGCAAUGGAUGAAGCAGUAGUUCUUAAAAAUAACCCUGUUGACCGUUCAGGACUUUUGGAUUCACACCACACAUCCCUUAACAAUUCUAGUUGUUCGACACCAAUUAUUCUUAGUAACGAAGCUGCCAUUACUAAACAUUGGACGUCUAGUUAUCCUGAUCGCUGGAAGUCUGUAGACGAUCCUGGCCCACUAGGGCGUCUUGUGGUUCUUAAUCUCAAUGAAACGGAUAAUAGUAACAAAAAUGAAUAUUUAUUUGAUGGAACAGCUGAAAAUUUUGCGGUUGGCUCUUUACACACUGAACAACGAACCUGUUCUGUCAUGUAGCUUUUUAUGUACAACUUUCAAGAAAUCAGAAGUCAUGAAUAUGAGACAACUUUAAUGUUGAAGAAAAAAGAUGAAUGUAAAAAUGUAUUUUCUUUAUUCAUUAUAUCAAAAUUAUUUGUCUGAUAACACUGUGGUAUUUUGGCAAUCCAUUUAUCCUCAACAUUUAAGGAAAAUCUUAGUUUUCUUUUCAGUGCUUUAAAUGUAAAAGGGAUUUUUUGAAACAAGAUUCAGUUAAUCAUACAGAUUUCUAAUUUGC